UCACCUCCAAGCAUCAAUACCUCGAGCCGCCUAGGACCUACAACCUCAUCCCAACCCUCGUCGCAACAGAUAGAAACAAAAUGGUAUAGUUGAAAUAUGUGCAGGGCAGGAUUUACCGCUUCAAGAGCGAGUCGGAAUGCUUGAAGCUGGGAAUUCCUACUCCUGUUAUCCAACACAUCGUGGCUGCCACAUGGUCCUGGUCCUGGAUGUUGUACAGGCGAAGAAAGAUUACGUGAAAAUAAUGACAAUAACCUCGACUUUAAAGGAUGAUGGCGAAUAUGUCCCUAUUUCCCCAACACCAAAGAAGGGCUAUACAAUUCAAAUUCGACUUCGAAACUAGCUCGAAUGGUAUCAUCGAGAUGCUGUGCUCCGAACUACUAUGCUGCCACUGUUUUCAUACCUAAAGAUCGACUCGUAUUACGAGUUACCUAUACAAAUGUUGGACGAGGUUGCAGAUGGCGUAGGCGAGCCUCUGAUGAUUUGGGCUAAACAUCAAGGAGGGUUGGGAGAGCUUCGGAAUCACGUUCGACAUUGUGAUCAGUUUCGCGAAAGAAAGAAGCUAUGCCACAUGAUGGAGACACACUCUCUGGAAGAGCAUGGUGUUUGA